GCAAAGUACUUUCAUUGCAUUAACAUGUCAGUGCACAUUACGUUUGCCGCUCAAAUUGGUUAGAUUACCUGUUCAAACGUUUGCGAGCGUUUCUUUUUCCCCCCAAAUGCAAAUUAAUGCAAUAACUAUAUCUCGGACCUAUUUGCGUGAAAAUGAAGGAUACAUUAGUCCAUGUAGUUUUAGUAUACGAUACCGGAGCGAAUUCAUAGCAGAAAUGCUCUGAAAAACAGAAAACAUAUGUAAGAGAAGGUUUUUAAACCGAAAGUGCGGAUAAUAUAACCACGUUAAUUAUCGUUUACAAUACACUGCGCGAGAUCGUGAAAGAAGAUGAACACUCCACAGUCGAACAAAAAAAAAGGCAGAAGUAGAAUCGGUGUUAGCAACGAUAGUACUAGCCCCGCGAACAACGAAACGCUCAGCACCCAAGAAACAUCGAAAUUUGUUUUGGUAUGGAAAUUAUUCCGGUGAAUGCGAAAGAAUUGCGUGAAAGUAAUGAAUUCAUAGACUGUACAUAUUCAUCCAUUUUUGAGAAAUUUGAGAUUCCAAAAAUGUACAUAAUGCAAAUAACGUAUAAAAGCAUAUAAAAUAUCUAAAGUGAAUCCUAUUGGUGAAGAUACAAAUAAAACAUUCAAAAUUGGAAUCACUGAUUCAGUACCUAUUAUUUCCUUGGAAGGGAAUAGUUCUGAUGAGAAAAAUACGAUUCAGAAAGGUCAUGCUAUACCAUUAGACAAAGACAAGGAAGAGAAGAAUAUUCUUAGCAAUUUACCUGUAGCUAUGGUGAAAGAGAUUGAUGGGUAUGAACAACAGCUAGGUGAAGCAGAACCACUUCCAAAUUCAUAUAUCAGAUUUAUGGAACGCAGUGGGGAAGAACUUGAUGGAGAAGUAGAGUAUGAUUUAGAUGAAGAAGAUACUGCGUGGUUGUCUACAGUAAAUGAAAGGCGAUUAGCUUCGGGACUCAGUCCACCUUUGGAGCCUGAUACAUUUGAAUUAUUGAUGGACAGAUUGGAGAAAGAAUCAUACUUUCAACAACAAAGUAAUGGUGGUGGAGGAAUUGCAGCUGAUGAAGAUGCAGUCUGCUGUAUUUGCAUGGAUGGAGAAUGUCAGAACAGUAAUGCCAUACUAUUUUGUGACAUGUGCAAUCUAGCUGUUCAUCAGGAUUGUUAUGGUGUACCAUAUAUUCCUGAAGGACAGUGGUUGUGCAGAAGAUGUUUGCAAAGUCCUUCAAGAGCAGUUGAUUGUGUUUUGUGCCCAAAUAGGGGUGGUGCUUUUAAACAAACUGACCGCCCAGCUACGUGGGCUCAUGUUGUAUGUGCUUUGUGGAUACCGGAAGUAAGAUUUGCUAACACAGUGUUUUUGGAGCCUAUUGAUAGUAUAGAAAGUAUACCUGCUGCACGUUGGAGACUUACAUGCUGUGUGUGCAAACGUAGAGGAUCUGGUGCUUGUAUUCAGUGCCACAAAAGUAACUGUUAUGCUGCAUUUCAUGUAACAUGUGCGCAACAAGCUGGUCUAUGUAUGCGUAUGAGGACAGUGCAACCUGCAAAUGGGGAACCAAUGUUAGUUCAAAAAACAGCUUAUUGUGAAGCUCAUACACCAUCUGAUUAUCAACCUUCCACCAAUCCUGCUGAUGCCAGAAGAAGGGCAAUUGCGAAUAAGAAGAGUUCUUCUGCUCCAGUUAUUUCUAUUCCAACCAUACCACCAGAACGUAUUAAAGAAAUUGCUAGCUUAGCUGAGGGGUUGCCUAAACGAAGCCAACUGAUACAGCGUCUUAUAGCAUACUGGACUCUGAAACGCCAAUACAGAAAUGGCGUUCCUCUUCUUAGGAGACUUCAGAGUUCACAUCCUCAAUCCAGACCACCGCCACUUGGAGAGAAUUCUUCACCCCCACCAGAUAGUGAAUUACGUGGUGAAUUGUAUCGUCAAUUAAAGUAUUGGCAAUGUUUACGUCAGGAUCUUGAGCGAGCCCGAUUACUUUGUGAAUUAGUACGCAAACGUGAGAAGUUGAAGAAAGAACUAUUCAAAGUAAAAGAAAAAUGUUUGUGGUUCGAAUUACGUCCACUGGAAAGUAUUCUAUGCUCCUUACUAGAAGCAAUCAAAAUGAAAGAUGUAAACGACGUGUUUGGACAACCAGUAAACAUUAAAGAAGUCCCAGAUUAUUUGGAAAUUGUAUCUCAUCCUAUGGAUUUUUCUACCAUGCAGAUCAAAAUAGAAAGACAAGAAUACGACACAAUUGGAGCUUUUGAAGCAGAUUUCAACCUGGUGGUCAGUAACUGCUUGGCCUACAAUCGUAAAGAUACCAUGUUUUAUCGAGCUGGAAUAAAAAUGAAGGAACAAGGCGGCGCUCUCAUAGAUCAAGCUCGCAAAGACUAUCCUGAAUUGGACCCUGUAAAUGAAAACGAGCAGACAGCAUCCAAAUCUAGAAAAAGAGACCGUGCUGGCAGAAGUCGUGGAGAAACUGAGUUACAAUCCGGAGAGAAAGAAAUAGGAGGAGGAGGAGUUAAUAGAAGAACAGCAGUUCUCUUUACUCGCAAAGCAAGAGCGAGAGCCAGUAGAAGUAAUCAAAUGUUCGUCUUGGAAGAUGAUAAGAAGAAACAGAGUGACAGUUUUAAAGAGUACAGAAGUAGAACAAUGGACAGCGACGUGGGAGAAGGUGAAAGUCAAUCUUCGAGUUGCAGCAGUUGUUCUACGAGCAGGUCCACUACUCCUGAUUUAGAAGAAGAAAAACAGAGGCAGCAAGAAGCGAACGAAGCAAAAAAAGAGCUGGAAAGCAAGCAAGGCGCAGCGAGCAAUGGUCUGGAGGCUCUCCAACUUGUAUGGGCUAAGUGUCGCGGAUAUCCCUGGUAUCCGGCUCUUAUAAUAGAUCCUAAUACACCCAGAGGCACCGUGCAUAAAGGUGUACCAAUACCAGCACCGCCUGAUGAUGUAUUAGCACUCGCCGUCAAUUACAAAGAACCAGUAUUUCUCGUUCUCUUCUUUGAUACCAAAAGAACAUGGCAAUGGUUACCAGGGGAAAAGUUGGAGAAGCUCGGAGUAUCUCAAGAACUAGAUGAAGCAAAAUUAAUCGAGUCUCGAAAACCUGCGGACAGAAAAGCCGUGAAGAAAGCGUAUCAAGAGGCGCUCCAUUACCGUAAACAAACGCACAACACAACGUUGAAUCCCGGUUCGGUCAGUUAAUCUCGUGAAUUCUGAUAAGAUAUUAUUUAUAACUAUAGGGUAGUUCUUUCUAAGAAUUUGUAAGUAUGUAAAAAGAAUUUUGACGUACACAUGUAACUUAUGGUAACUUAUCUUAAGUCACACUUUUUCCAGAAUUCUAUUUAUAUUUUUAAAUAAUGACUGAAAUGAAAUAAAAAGAAAUAUUGUUUGUAUAAAA